AUGGAGGGUUACUGGGGUGGAUCAAUAGGGGCUCAAGAAGCAACACAAGACGACAACACUGCUGCUGCUUCGGUAGCAUUGGGGGCCGAGGCCUGGGAAACAUACACAGCACACCACGACACAGACUUAGGCUCUCAAGCAGCAGUAGAGCUUUCAGAGGAUGCAGACAGUUGGCUAUCUCCUCUUGACCCCGCUGCAGAGGGGGCCGGGGGCCCCCUGAAACACACAGAAGGGGAUCAUCUCGGUCUUUAUAGCGUUGAGGGGGGCCCCCAUCAUGCUGGUUUCGCUGCUGGGGGGGCCCCCAGGAAAGCAGGUGUACCGUGGUCGUUUCGGUUGAGUGUAUCUUUGUUUGCUUUUUUAACUUUACUGAUUGGUGUAAUGUCUAUGAAGAGAUCUACUCCUCCUCCAUCUAUACGUGAAGCAGCAGCAGCAGCAGCAGCAGCAGCAGCAGCAGCGGCAUCACCUACAGCAGCAGCAGGUACAGCAGCAGCAGCAGCAGCAGCAGCAGCAGCAGCAGCAGCAGCAGCAGGACAUAAACAAAUUCCUUUUCCUUUAAAACAAGAAAAAGAAGAAAGCGAAGAUGAAUAUAUAAAUGAUGAAAUAGACCAAGAUGUACAGAGCGCCUUAGAUAAGCUCGAAGAGAUACUAAGAGAAGAAGUAGAUUGCUUAUAA